UGGUUUCCACCUCCGGUGUCGAGUAGCCGCCAUCUUUGUAUCCGUUCAAAUACAAAAAUAAUAUUUAUUUUCAUUCACUAAGGUGAGGAGAAAAUAAUUUGGUAUAGGAACUUAUGUCCGCAGCCUAAGAGCAUUCAUUUGAAGCCUUAUCAAGAUGUCGCUGGUGGAUUUGGGGAAGCGGCUACUUGAGGCCGCACGGAAAGGCCAGGACGAUGAAGUCAGGACACUCAUGGCCAACGGGGCUCCCUUCACCACAGACUGGCUGGGCACAUCUCCGUUGCACCUGGCCGCCCAACACGGACACUAUUCCACCGCCGAGGUGCUGCUCAGAGCAGGUGUCAGCAGGGACGCCCGAACCAAAGUCGACAGGACCCCUCUGCAUAUGGCCGCUUCAGAGGGCCACAACGUCAUCGUGGAUCUAUUAGUCAGGAGUGGAGCAGACAUUAAUGCCAAAGACAUGCUGAAGAUGACUGCUCUCCACUGGGCCGCCCAGAACGGCCACCAAAGGGUAGCAGAGACGCUCGUCAAACAUGGCGCAGAUGUUCACGCUCUCAGUAAAUUCGAUAAGACGCCAUUCGACAUCGCAGGAGACAUCCAGAAUGCAGACCUUAUGCUCCUACUACAGGAAGGAAUGCAGAACCAGGUGAACAUGAACGCAGAGGCUGGCAUGACGGGGAGCUCGGCCCAGCCUCAGUUUAUCAUCCAGGGCAUCCCAGGGCUCCAGGGGGGCGUGGUCAACCUGGCGGACCUCCUCAACAACGCUGCCAAGGCCAACUCUGCAGGUGAAUCUGAGGAAGCCAUAGCAGCCAAUUCUUUGGACCCCGGCAGCAUCCAGCACAUGGUGAACGAGCAAGGUCAAAGGGUUAUCACCAUAGUGACCGACCAACACGGCAACCUGCAGACUGGAGGGCUUGGUCAGCCAUUCUUUGUCACCAUGCAGCACGGACAACAGAUGUUGGCGAUGCCAGCCAAUCAGGUGAUAGAGGAGGUGGUUGAUGAGGCACCCCAGCCCCCGCCCUCCCGCAAGAGGAAACUGGAGGCCUCGGCCAACCACAUGGAGUCUGGCGACACGGAGCAGUUACAGAGGCAGCUGCAGGAGGCCAACCGGAAGGCCCAGGAGUACCGGCAGCAGCUGAUGUGCAAGGAGCAGGAAGCAGAGCAGUACCGCAUGAAGCUAGAGGCAAUGUCACACAGCCAUACCAACGGCACCUCGGAGCAGGAGGAGGUGGUUGGGGGUGAUGAGGACGAGGUGCAGGAAGAGUUGAUGCUCCAGGAGGGAGACAUCAUCAUCAAGACGGAGGAGCUGGUGACGCUGGUGGACUCGGCGCCCUCCCACACCGAGGUCAUCUCAUAAUGUCAGACUGAUGUCACUGACUGAAGGAGAAAUGGACACGUGGACUCGCGCGACAGGCCAGCCUGUUGGUGUUUUCAUAGCUCUUUUGUUAAUUAUUUUCCUGCUAUGUUUUGUUUUUGUACUAUAUUUACUUUUUCUGCCGUUUUAUUUUCCUCAAUUUGUGUUUAUUUGUGUUUAUAUUUUUUACAAAUAGCGACGCGAGGAGCUGAAUAUAUUGAUUGAGGAGCAGGAACGGGACCUGCUCAGCCUGUGACUCAGUAAGCUUGCCUAGCUGAAGAAUGUCUAUGCUCCCUGGGAAAAACGGGGUCUCGGGCACUCUGUCUCAGAUAUCUAUGGUGUGUGUGUGGGGAAAUAGAUUUUUCAUGGUUCCAACAGCAUGUCCUAAGGUGACCAAGAUGCAAAUCCAAAGUUUAUUAGACACGUCCAUCCAUAGAACCAGAGGACAGGUCUGUGGAGAGAACACUGUUUUGUUCAACUCCUUCAGGUCUCAAAAGUCUCCCUCUGCCUCAGUCUUCCAUCCAACCACCCACCACGGGCAAUGGGAUUGGUACUUAAGCAUGCCCAUUUCCUAUUUCAAAAAGAAUCCUCUUACAUGAGAAAUGACAACGCAUGUAGUUGGCAACAGUCAUUCUCAGCAUGUAUUGGGCUCAUCAUUCACAGUGUAAUAAUGAAUUUUUUCAAAGUUGUGAAUGGCAGUGUUUUGACUUUCAUGGCACCACGUUAAGCUUUGUCCUCUAGUUGUCGUCGGGGCCACUUCCAUAGUGCGGUAGUGAUUGUAGGUUUACUGUUGCACAAGCCACAACUCUCCUCCCGCUGAUGUUGAUACAAAGACGAACUUCCCAUCGUUUUAAUGCCCCUGUGGCUUUAAUCACUAGUAGCCCCACUCCCCAGAGACGGACAGGAAUAAGGGUGUCAGAUUAGGUGACUGUGUCCUUCUGACAAUUACUGCUUCUCAUGUCCCGACACUUGUUUCUAUCACAGUCACUGUUCCGUGACACUUUUUAGUAUUCUCCCAAACUGAAUGAGAAUGUGAUGGACAUACCUUGGACAUCGUCUGGGUUAACAUUUAUCACUCAGGUGAAUGGAACGUAAUCUCUGCACGCUAUUCAGUAAGGGCCAAAUGUAAACUUGAGAUGCCAACCCUGAUUUUAAAAUUGUGCCUAAAUUAGGCAUUGAUGACAUGGGGGGGAUUUCCAUGGAAAUUAAGGAUAUGCUUGUGGAUCUCAAGUUCUGAUAUGUCCAUAGUGUAUCAGAUACUUUUUCCCAGGUGUACGUUUUUCAUUAGACCCACUAAAGUUUUUUUUCUUUAUUGAAACAACAAACUCAUAAAAUUAACGAUGUUGAUACACUAUGUACAAAAGUAUGUGCACACCACUUCAAAUGAGUGGAUUUGGCUACUUCAGCCACACCCGUUGCUGACAGGAUAUAACAUUGAGCACACAGACAUGC